AUGGAUUACAACCUUCAGUACCAGCUGUCAAAGAAAGACAAGAGACGACAGCAGAUCCAAUCGAAACUGGUCAAAGUGGAGGACCAGUUUCAACAAGAGAAGGAUUAUUUCUACCGGGACUCUCUGAUCCAGUUGCAGUACAAGUUGAGCUCGCUGCACUCGGGCGACAAUCCGCAGUAUCUUCAAAGGAUACGGGAUUUCCAGGAGCAGCGGGACGCCGAGCUUGUUCGUCUGAAACUGGCCGAGGAGUACCAGGUACAAUUUAUCAACAAGCAAUUUAAAGAGGACUACGACCGGGCCGUUGAUGAGCGCGAGAAGGUGAUCCAGAUGGUCAAGGACAAGCUCCACGAGCGGAUUUUGAAGAAGAUCAAGCAGCUCAAGGAGGACAAGGCCUUAAUAGACGUUGCCACUACGUCCUCCUCGCACACAGCCUCAAGAUACACGAGCAACGGGAGCGCGAAGGAAAACGGCUACAACAGCGGGUUUGAGUCGUCCACGUCGUUCUUCUUCCCGGGCGAGAGACGCUCACGUCGAACGCACAGCAAGCGGUACGAGUCUGGGCCGUUGCAUCUGAGCAACGCCGAGGAUUCGUACGACUCGGGCACAGGAACAGGAACAGGCAACGGGUAUGCUUCAAGCUCGGGCCGCAAGCGGUUCAAGCUGACCCGGCACCUUGGAUCUGGUCAGACCAUGGGUACGAGGAGCGGCGACGCGUCUUCUGCUGGCGAAGAGACCGGCUCGUCCGUGAAGGUGGUCACCGAUAACCCUGAGCUGAACGAGUUUUUGUACGGCGAGGAGUUCAUCAAGCGGCAAGAAAAGGCCAACACCCGGCACUCUACUAAGAGCUAUCAAGGGUGUCCUGGUCUGAAGCCCGAAGAGGUCAACGAGGACCUGAAUUUCCUGCGUGGAGCUGUUGGUGCUAUUCAGAUCGUAACAGCGGAUGUCCCAGCCGGCCCCGUUGGAGAUGUCAAAGACGAUCUUGUCGCCUCUGUCCAGAGCCAUGACGAACGGCAGCAGCUCUUGUUUGUUGAACUGCGGGUUGAUGAUCUGUGUUUCCAGGUACGAAUUAAAGUCUCUGGAGAAGGCAUAGUGGCUGAUCAGACGGGAACACAGGUCGACGUGGCUGCGGUCGACUUGCGGCUGGUUAUAAAUCUCGGCAACAAGAUGCAGGACGGUCUUGUUGAGAAUGGGCAGCUGAGCGGUGGUCAUCAUGUUGAGCAGCUGGGCGACCCGGUCGAACUGCGCGGCGCUCACCAUGAACAGGCCGUGCAGCAGGAACGGCGUGGGGGCGAUCGCGUACAGCACGGGCGGCAUAUCGGGCGCGGUUUGCAGCCACUCGUUGACGCUGUCGACGCGGAGGUUGUUGCUGGCAGACCGUUUGAUGGAAUAUAG